AUGAAGGUGCCCAAGGGCACCCGCCUGCUGAUCCCGAUCGCGAUGCUUCACCGCAACGAGGAGGACUUCGCGAUGCUGGAGGCCAAGGCCAUGUUGGCGUUCAUCCUGCGGUGGUUGCCGGAGUACGUGCACGCGCCGGUGGAUUCUUCAGACGCUGCAGCCCCUCGAAAAGGGCUCCCGGUCAUGCUCAAGCUCUUGGAUGUGUAG